GUUCUUCGCCAUAUUGGUCACUUGCUUGAUCCUGGUCGGCAGUGGUGUGGCAGCUCGGCGGUGGCAGUAGAACCGUGGGCUCGGUUCUGUCGCCGUACACAGGGCCAGAGAUGGCGGAGUACAGUCAGACGGGUAUAUUAACGGCCCUGUUGCUGUUUACUGUGUUAACAGUGAGGGAUAUUUAUGUGGGUCGGAGCAGCAUGACUCAACAGGAGAGCAGCAGCGGGCCUGACAGCUUUCAGGAGCCCGACAUACACACACAGAGGCAGAACAAACCCAAAUUCUAUAUGGGUCCACUUCUCAAGUUCCAGUUCUGCAUAUCCUGAGGGUACAGUAAGGUGUUCCAGGAGUACUCCCGGUCCAUAAGCCAGCUGUACCCGGACAUCAGAAUCGAGGGAGAGAAUUACCCUCCCAAACCUAUCAACAAAUACAUUGCAAAUUUCAUCUCCUACUUUAAACUGCUUGCCAUCGCCUUGAUUGUGACUGGACAAAAUCCGUUCCAAAUGUUCGGGAUGAACACUCCAAGAAUAUGGUCCUGGGGACAGGAGAAUAAGAUAUUUUCCUGUCUCAUGGCAUUCUUCCUUAGCAACAUGGUGGAGACCCAUUUCCUCUCUACUGGAGCAUUCGAGAUUUCAUUGAAUGAUGUGCCCAUUUGGUCCAAGUUGCAAUCAGGAUAUGUGCCCAACAUUCAGGAGCUUUUCCAGAUCUUGGAUAAUCACCUUAAGAUGAAUCAGGUCGACAAGAUGAACUUUCCCUCACCGUAGUGCUGUUGUUUUUGCCAAGAGACAAGUCUCUGGAGCCGUUUCUCUGGUCAGUGGGACUGUGGACUGUGGCAUAAUGAAGGCCUGCACUUCAAACAGCUCGCUGUUAGUGCAGGCUCGAUGCUCCGCCACCACACACACUUCCUCUGCCCGGCGACACACCUUUGGAUGGACUAGAUCUCUUCAGAGCAUCAAACUACAUGCAUUUAUCGUAGGAGGAUCAUGUGUGAGGCCCUAAAGCUAUUAUUAAAUGCAGAAGUUGAUGACACAUGCAAGUGGUUAUUGACCAGUGACUUUGGUUGAGGUUGUUUUCUUUUUGUAACUAGUGCUUUCAUCUUAAAUUGUAUGGGAUGUUCCAUAUUUCUCAAGGCAACUGUGAUUUUUAUUUUUUUAUUUUUACUAAUGUCUUAAUUACGUUUAAACAUAAUUAUUUGUUUGCACUGGUGUAGAACUGUACUGUACUUAGGGUGUCUGACUUUUUUAAUUAGUGGGAAUAUCUGUACUGCUGAAAUAUGCAGUGUUGUUAGAGUGAGCUAGAUCUUUUUUUUUUUUUUUUAAGGAAUACUCUCAUUAAAAAGUUAUAUUCUGUUGUUACUUACACUCGUGUUGUUCCAAACCCAACUUUCUUCUGUGAAAUACAAAAGGAGAAGGUUUGAACAAAUUCCAUGCUGCUGUUUCCUUAACAAUGACAAUGAAUGGUGAGCUCUGUCAUACUACAAGUCAUCUGAUGUCAUAUGAUAACUUUUUGUAAAAAACAGACCAAAUUUGGUCUUUAUUCACUCAACAUUUUUAUUCAAAUUUGCCGCAGUCGGUUGCAACACGCAAUGGCAUCUGGCGUCACUGACAUCAAACCUGGUGCGGUGCAUCUUAAUGUGUACAGUACUGUGCAAAAGUUUUAGGCACUUGUGAAAAAUGUUGCAUAGUGAGGAUGUUUUCAAAAAUAAUGACAUAAAUAGUUUUUAUUUAUCACUUAAUGUCAUACAAAGUCCAGUAAACAUAAAAAAAAAGCUAAAUCAAUAUUUGGUGUGACCACCUUUGCUUUUAAAACAGCACCAAUUCUCCUAGGUACACCUGUACACAGUUUUUCUUGGUUGUUGGCAGAUAGGAUGUUCCAAGCUUCUUGGAGAAUUCACCACAGUUCUUCUAUCUAUUUAGGCUGUCUCAAUUGCUUCUGUCUCUUUAUGUAAUCCCAGACUGACUCGAUGUUCAGUGGGGGGGCUUUGGGGAGCAAUGCCAUCUCUUGCAGAGCACCCUGAUCUUCUGUUCUAAUCUUUUCUAUUUGCAAAAGUAAUGUUUGGGAGUCUAACAUUUAUUUUUCCUAUUGACACUAAAGAUGAAGAUAUAAAUAACCAUCUUAAGACAAAUGUUUUUGUGAAACAUCUUAAGUGCCUAAAACUUUUGCACAGUACUGUAUUUGAAUGUAUGCAAAUUUGAGAGUUUAGGUGGAGGUUUUCAGCCAAUUCUGACUUUGGUUUGUCAUGACAUGAGAGGGAGAAAAUGACAGAAUUUUCAUUUUGGGGGAACUAUUCCUUUUAUUUGGUUGAAACUGUAAAUUCAUGUCCACUCCAUCACAAUAGGUUUGUUGCUUUGAUUCAUAAGGACAGUACGCUAAAGUGCCGUUGUUGGGAAUUUAAGGCUUUCGCUUAACUGUUCAACUGUCUGGCACUGCCAGAGAAAUCUGUCGAAUCAGCGUAACUAUAGAGAGCAAGUGUCUGGAUUGCUGCAGUCAUGAUUGUGUGAUUGAGAAUGUUGCCUAUCAAAAGAUGUGAAAGGUAAUUCUAAAGGCUGCCUCUAUUUUUCCAGCUCAAUGAAUAUGUGGUGGUAAGAAAUGCAGACCUUAUAUUUUAGUGUACUUAUCUGUGAGUUUGUAACAGAAAUGAUGCUUAAUUGGGAUUAGAUUGAGAGAUAAAAAUGUACCCUAUUUCACAGUGAUAUAAAAUAAAGAUGUAAUAAAUACA